CUAUAUUAAGCAGGAUCUGUGACUGACGCAAUGUUUGUUGUUUUUUUUAAACCAUUAUUUGCUUUGUAAAGAACAAAAGUCGAAUGCAGGCUCAGCUCUUGCAUCCAAUAUCUAAUCCGUGCAAUUUUUUCAGGAUUGCCGUCAUGAUUCUCGAUGAAGCUCCCUUAUUUGAUCCUGGUUUGCUGGCUGAGCUGGACUGGAGUCAGAACAUGGUGUCCUUCUGUCCCGAUAUCUCUCCUGUACAUCCUGGGGCUGGCCUUGUCCUCAGGCCGCUCUGCACAUCUGACUUGGAUAGAGGUAUUUCCCACAAACCUUUAAAGGGUUGCUCUGCCCAUCACAUGUUUCUCUGCCCUUUUAAAGGCUCUUGAAAUAAAUGUUUGAAUUGCUGAAUCCAUUUUUAUAUUAAACAUUACUGUUCUUUGUAAAUAUUUAAAUACAAACCAAUACAGUUUCUGUAGAUUAUGACUAAGUGGGUGUCAUGGUUGUCUCCUUGGGCUCAGUGUAUAUCACUCCCGUUCUUUUAUUACAGGUUUUUACAAGGUUCUCGGUCAACUGACAAAAGUUGGAGAUGUAACAACUGAGCAAUUUAUCAGUAAGUAUUGAAUUCUCUUUUAUUCCUUUUUAUAGAGCGCCAACAUGUUCUGCAGCGCUGUACACAGACUAUAAAACAAAUCAAAUAACUGCAUUAUAAAGGUGUGGGGAAAAACUAAGCCAGCACGGUUUCCUCCAUCAUAAUCUUUUGGGCUUAUUGGGGCAGUAAUUGACGUAUGCAUUAUGAUUGCUGCUACAUUUACUCACCACUAGCUGUUGACCAGUGAAAUUCACCCCUGGUUGCUUGCAGUGGUUAGUAACUUUGAAGGCCUGGCUAGAUAGAACUUUAAAUGUUAAGCCCGGUACCAGAGUUACAUUUCCCUCUUCCCACUAAUACCUGCCAAUGUACAAGGGUGAAUUCUGGUGAAGACACCCUUAUCUCCAGGAUUCUUCUGGGUUUAGACUUGAGAUGCUCCAUUUGAGCUGGAGGAUCUGCACAUGAAGUCAGUGAUUAACAUUGAAUGCCAAGCUGUGCCUUGUAAUCCACCCAUACUAGUAAAUACUAAUAUUUCUUUAAGCUGGGAAUUUACAAAGGAGGCUCUAACUAGAAUUACUGAUUUGUCUAAUCUGUCACCUCCCAGCCAAAUCCUAGCACAGUAAUGGCAACGUAUUCAUCCACCCUCCUGAGGCAAUGGCUGCUCACUAAACAUAGAACUGAGUUGCUAAAAUUUGCCAAAGUGUCCCACUCGAUUCUAGCCGCAGUUUCCUGUUGUCAGCCAUUGAAUUACUGAAGGCUUAAUGUGUACUUUUUAUUACAUUAGAACGAUUUGCUUUUCAGAGAAGUUUGAGCACAUGAAGCAGUCUGGAGAUUACUAUGCCGUCGUGGUGGAAGAUCUAAACCUGGGCCAGAUAGUUGCUACUGCUACUCUCAUCAUGGAGCAUAAAUUUAUACAUGGCUGUGCAAAGGUAUACACUGUCAGCAGAGUCUGUUCUGUAACUUAAAUAAAAAGAACAGCCUUGUAUUUCUUUCCUUCUGGUGUCCGAUUUCAGGAUUAUACUUUCCUAAAGCUAUAGUGCGUACACCCAGUAUAUCUCACAGAAAACCCUUAGGACUUUCCUACGAGCCGCAGUUUUACUUGGUAAGACACCCUCAAACAAUAGACCACAUUAUAAUUUGUCAUAAAGUUUCUAUGUAUUAUAAACUGUGUAUAAUACCUGGAUAAUAAGUCUUGCCUAACAAGUUCCAUGUAAAUGGAUUCCAGACAAUAAGAAACAAAAUAUCCCAAUAAAAAGAGCAAUAGAGAAAACCCCAGAAAUGAAUACAAUUGCUGCUGGUAAAAGUAGUAGUACCUUGGGUGUGUGAUCGAGUAGCAGAAACCCAAUGACUGUUUUUGUGUAAACAGGAGGAUGACGUGGUGUGGGUGACCGUAGUCCUUUAAUGGAUUCAAGUUCUACUCUCGCCUACGGUGGAUGAGUGGGGGGGUGGUGGUAAGAAAAAGGGGCAUUGGAAACUUCCCCCUCCCCUCCUCUUUCUUCACCAAAUGUUUAAUGAACCUCAUGGACCCAGGCUGUUAGAGCUAAUGGAUUGUUUUGGUUUAUUCAUGGUCACUUAACUCUGACCAUGUGGCUGCCAGACAAGGGAUUUUUCCUGUGGCCACCGAGGUCCGGUUAACUGACUACACUAUUACAGCAACUGUUGGAACAGAGUAAAAGCCGUACGAUCUGAUUUUCUUACAGAGAGGCAGAAUAGAAGAGGUUGUGGUCAGCGAUGAAUGCAGAGGGAAGCAGCUUGGAAAACUGUAAGUAACUUGGUUAUUAGUAUACAAUAAGUACUAUAACCACAACAUUUUAUUUUUAACAGUGGUGGAGUGGUUAUGGUCCUAAAUGUUGGCAGGUACCAACUUCGCUUCUACACAUUUUGUGUCUGUUUAAUCUCUGUGCCUGUCGCCUGGCCAUUAUCACUGUUUCACCUAUUGCAGCAGUCAGAAAUCUCUUCCCACAAGAGGGCAGCCUGCAUCAAUAUAACUAAUAGAAUUAUUAGAAUAGUAGAAUCACACAUAAGGAUACCAAAUUACGCACUUUUUUUAAUUAAUAUGUUCACCCAGCGUCCCUACCUGUGCUCAGGAGAGCCUUGUAGUAAUGACAAUGCUGGGGUGACAACCUAUACUAUCUGCUGGCACAUUACAGCGCACCACGGGUACCCCCAAACCACAUUCCGAACAGCACUUUUAACCGGUGUAAAAACCUCAAGAGUAGCACCUACACAGCUGCUUUGUACCAUAGCCAAUCCACUGAGUUGUAGUGGUUAUGGUACUGUCAGGGAGAGCAUUGACACUUCUGCCACCAUAACAACAUCACUGAGAUGAAGUUGGGAUUGGGGUAAAAGUGUUCUUGAUGCAUGAACAUUCUAAGCACCAUAACCACUACAUAUCACUAAGAUUUAUGGAGCCAGAAGUGCCCUGGAGAGUAAAGUAUGUGUGCAGCCAUGGCCACCUAGCAACCCUCAGUAAUGUGUACAUUAAUUGGGACAAAAUGGGGGGGGGGAACCCUCAAAAAAAUGUAGAAGUCAAAUAUUUGAAAAUUUUAAGUACCAGUCUAUUUUCCUAAUCUCAGUAAGAAGUGUCAUAAAUUAGUUUUAAUUUAAAAAAAGUUUUUCAAGAACUGAUUUGUUUUAAGUCCAUUUUACAGAGAUUUUUCAUCAUGAAUGUUGGGUUUAAAGGGGCACUAUAGUACCAAACCAACCAUCUUAAGGAAGCAGGUUUGGUGCAUGUGAGGCACACAGCCGUCCUAAACACUUCCAGUAAAGAGCGAUGUAAUGUUUACACUUUAUUCACAUUUUUUAUUUAGUCUGCUGCUCUGUUAAUAGCUUGCUAGACCCUGCAGGAGCCCCCUGUAUGUGACUGAAGUUCAAUGAAGAGGAGAUAGAAAAUUCUGAAUUUGCAAUAAAAGGAAAUGUAAACCUCUCUCUCUUUGGAGGAAGGCUGUCUAAAUAACUUGCAGGGAGGUGCGGCUAGAGCUUUAAAAACAAAGUGAUUUAACUCCUAAAUGGCAGAGGUAUUAUCUAGAAUAUAAAGAACCCAGGACAAAAUGUGUCUUUCCUGGUAAAAUAUAUUGAGGACUAUAGUGUACCUUAAGUCCAGGCCAAUCUAGCACAAGCUUUGUGCCACAAUUCAAAAGCUGUCAACCUGAAAUCCUCAUCCGCUCCCUGUAGUACCUACUGUGGUGGCUUUGGAGAUGCUGCCAACACACCUUUCUAACCUUAAUAGAUGGUUUUCCAGGUGUUGGGGUACAAGCUUUAACACUUUCACUGCCUUUUGCCCACCUUUAAGAAAUCUACGCUGUUAAACGUCAACCCAUUAAGUCUUUCUGAAGGUUUUUUUAAUGCAUUUUACAGUUGACAAUCAAGCACCUUCAGAAAGGCUUAAUUUCUACCUCACUGGGCAAUGAGGCUUUAACUGUAUGGUGUAGACUUCUUGAAGCGGAGUGAAAGGCAAGCGAGCUGAAAUCUGACGCCUCGCAAAGUAAAUGGUUGGUAUGGGCUGACACAAAUCUUAGACGCCUUCAAACAUUUUGUCUUUCAAGUUUCACCCACCCCUGUAAUUAUGGGAGGGGACUAGGGCACAUCUGGCACCACAACAGUGAGCUUCAAUGAUUAGGGUGCUUGAAGGGUUCCUUUUUCCAUCAAAUAGUGGGCCAAAUGUUAAUCCAGGGACUGGAUGGUGUUCAAUCAGUAUGAUUGUCAAUACGUACAUAAAACUAUUUACUUUACAAUGUUCUCUGUACCAAUAGCACACAAACACAGGUUCUAAAUAGGAUUUGCCAGUACAAGGUUACCUACAGCACUCAACACAGAGCUGUGAAAUGGGAUCCCGGCAUCAUUGGAGAGAGUAGCACAGCACGUCUCCUCCUUCACUGACCGCUGGGGGGCUCAGAAAUCCCAUGAAGAACUAUGUUAAUAGCUUGCGGAUGGCGUCUAGCUAGAACAAACUAUUGAAGCAUAUAAUCGUUCACCACACGAUUGUAUAAACUCACUCCCAAAGUCUGAUAGUGUCAUGGUUAGGAUACAGUUUGAAUAACUCUCCAAGCAAUAACUCAGGAUUUAAUGCAUUUGAUUUUGCGUAGAAUAUGGGAAAGUGAUCUCCUCGGCCGUAUCUGCAUUAGGAGACAGGCAGUUUGCUCAGUUGUAACACACGCACUGACCAAACAUUAUGGUUUGUAUACAUUUAACACCAUGACUCCAUGUGACUUAUUAAAUCCAUGCCUACAGACAGUGAUCAGCAUUAAUAAAAUACAUUGUGUUGCUGCAGCUUUCUAAACUGCUGUUUUUUUUCUCUCCCCCACCAACCCCGGCCAGGCUGUUGUCCGUACUUACCUUGUUAAGUAAAAAGUUAGGCUGCUAUAAAGUUACGUUGGAAUGCAAGCCCAAAAAUGUCGCCUUUUAUGAGAAGUUUGGCUAUGUGGCGUCCGACGAAACCUACAUGCAGAGAAGGUUCUCCGACUAAUCCUGCUUGAAGCUUUACCAAAGAACUCAGAGCGCCACUUUACUGGAAUAUAAAAUGUAAAUAGCAAUUUUACACUAUUUUACAAUAGUUGCGUUGUUUAAGGAAAAGUCUAAAUGUUUCCUAAAAAAGACAAAUCUAUAUUUUUAUCUUUAUUUGUAUUUUUGUACAAUGAUUAGACUGCUGGGGUCUGGGUGAUAUUACUUGCUGUCAGAAUGGAAAGAUUUGAGAGAUUAACCUGAAAUACCUCCUGUAAUAGAAUGUAUUUAUUGUUCCCUAAAGAUGUGGAACGGCGCAGAAUGCCAUGAAAUGGUCCAUAGAAACCAUUGUAGAAUAGCCAAAAGAACCUGAUUGGUAGAAAAUCUAUUUACUGUGGGCUAAUAGUUAAGGUUUGUGUUUUGUUCCUCCUUACCAUAUUUUCUAGUGAUAAAUGAUGAUAAUUUAUUGAAGAUCUAAUAAAAUGAUGAAUUUUAAAAUGUUUUUGUAUAUUUGAAGUAAUCUUGGGCACAGGUCAGUAUUUACAAAGGAAACCCCAUUCUCUAUUAAGAGGGAAUGGUUCUGAUGCUUAGUGUCCCUUUAAAUGCACCAAGACAGACCGGUGUGGGCACCACGACAAUUUGCUUAGUUUUUACUUAGACCAAAAUUGAGCUUUCAGCCAACUUUACCAUCAGCUUUUUAGUACAUAACGUGGGAAUUAUAGGGCUAUCUACUAAGCGGCUGCAAUCAAAUUCCAAAUCUAACACGACUGGAGUAACCAUACAUUCGGUGAAUUCGCCAGUGCCGUCUAAAUGGCGAAUGAAGCAACGCGAGAACACUACGGAAGGUGAAUAUUGUGGGAACAUUUUCUUUGACCACAGGAAAUAGAGCGGACUUAAGCUCCUCCUUCGGCCAAUGAAAGUCAAGCUUAGGAAAAAUACACAAGACAAAGUAGUCCCUAGUUUAUCUUGUGUUUUAAAAAACAAAACACUAGAGCAGACAGGAAGAGCGGAAACAAUAGGAGAAAGCAAGUUUGGAGUCACCAGGAUUACGUAAUACGAGUCCAGGCAGUCGUGGUGGCGGUGGAAAAGUACUGGUUUAAGCUGCCAGGCCCAGGAAUAUUUCACAAUACGUCAGUUAAUUUUUAAAGUGUUUAUUUGGAAAACUUCAGUACAAUUGGUUAUGAAGGAACAAGAAAAAUCUGUAUUCAGGCAAAAGCCACAAUAUAAAUCUUCUAAUAAAAAGCACUCCGUUAUAGUAGGGAAACUUAGCAGAAAUGUGUACAAUCCUCAGAUGAUCAAGUAUGCUUUUUGUAUAGAAUCGGGUGUGUUAAAAAUUUCAGAACUUCUAAACCUAUAAAAAUGUAUUUACAAAACAAAAUCUUAGCAAACAUUUCAAUACUAAAGACUCAUCUUAUAAAUUAAACAUAACUUUUUAUACAAACUCUCCCUUCCCAAACAUUUGCAUUGUUAUUAAUAAGUUUACAAAUAAAAGGGACAAAAAAAACCCCCCAAAAACUUCAAGUAUGAAAAGUGCGUUAUUGCAAUAAUACCUCUUCGCAGGACCAAAAAAAUCUUGCGUUUUGGUAAAACGGCUGUUUAAGAAGUAAAAUGAUCAGUGCUUUUCACGCUCUCAGAACUCCAGUAAUUGGCCAAUAGCAGCACCUGGGCAGAACACAACCAAGUGAUUUUAAUGUUCGCUGAGCUCACGUUCAGAGGAUUAGGCUUCGUCCAAAGUUCUCUUCAGGCCUCCUGAGUAAGACAAGUUUUGGAAUCCUGUAUUAGGGGACGCCUGCGCAUGAACCUAUUCGCAAUCAGACGGACACUUCACACACACACAGUGUUACUGUACAUUACCUAUAGCACCAGCUUGCAGUGAAAGAGGUCUCAUCAUUUUAAUGGUUAGUUUUGCUAGAUAGAUGGCUUCAUAUUCCUAAAUAGAAAUAAUAUUUAUUGUCAAUACUGCACUAUUUCUGCAAACACUUAAUUUGCUUUAAUUUCAAUUAAAACAAAAAUCUUAACUAGGGGGAACAAAAACAAACACCACAGACAAAGCGUCAGAAACUCAUUGAUGUGUCUACUUUCCAAAUGAUGCUUUGCUUCAUAGCCCCAACUGUUCCAUUUUAAUAAAAAAUUGCUCCUUGUGUCUACCACAGAUAUAGAUUUACUCGCUUCAGUCCUCGCUCAGAUCAGGGUGAGGCGGACGGCAAACUCACCCCAUUUAUGGCAUUUUAUAGAUUCAGUCAAUGCACAGCAUGAGAUUAUGACAGACUUGGUAAAUAGCUGAUCAUUUUGUCACACUGACUGGAUCCUGUAUAUAUGAAACCCACGGUGUGUAAUAAAUGAAAUGCAUUAAUCAUGGAAGCUGUAUGGCAUGUGUCAGCGCUAGCAUUAUGGACAGUCACAGAAAUAAUGUGUAAACUACAAGGAAAGGUUUGGGUUAGUUGAUAAAAAUGGAUAGAAGGAAUUACACAACCCAAUCUUUGCAAGCGACAUUUAUAAUCUGGGUCUUUACUAAAUGUAGUGAUAUUUUAUGGGAUUCUGACAGUGAUUUACGGUUUAUACUUUUAAUUUUAUUCUGCGGAUGCUUUUAUAUGCGUUUACACACAGUGUAUUUGGAAUAUAUAGUUUAGCCGUAAUAUCAGAUCUGUGUAUAAUCUCAUUGCAUACACUAUAUCCAUCUUCUAAAUCAGGGCUAAGCAACCUUCGGCACUCCAGAUGUUGUGGACUAUAUUUCCCAUAAUGCUGACAGAGCUAGUCCACAACAUGUGCAGUGCCGAAGGUUGCCUAGCCCUGCAGGUGGUUUGAUUAUCGGUGUAUUAAAGGAGCCAGGAUGAGAGAGAGUUAUCUUUCAAUAAAGGAGCUUACAGCCAUAUAUAUGUAUAUAAAAUAACAGGAAAUACUACCUACCUGAAGUUGAUGGACAAAUCCAGCAUUGGGAUUAAUACAGAACCGUCUUUCUUGGACAUAUGUGAACGCCUCUCUGAAACAGAAGGAAAGCCGUUUAACUGCUUGGCACAGUUAGUAUUACAAUAAAACGACUCCAAGUACAGAUUGCUGUUCAAUGAUACUCAAAAUAGAUUUCAAUUGUUUUCAUUUUAUGCUGCAGAUUGGUGGAAUCAAAGGUUUUACAGGUUUUCUGGGAUUCAGGGUUUGAAACCAUCUAAUUUUUCACGUACAGUAGGUAGGACAAAAAGCAAAGCUAAAUUCUUCUUUUCAUAGUUAUUCACAAAAACAUCCUAUUAACCCCGUUAUGGUUUCUCACAAUAUAUCUACAAUUCAGUGCUGGUUGAAUUUAGGCAAGCAGGCGACCGCUGUGGAAUUCCAUGUCCCUGAUUUUUAAAUCUCACGAGUGGGAUAAAGGGAUAUUUAGAUUUAUCAUCAUUCCCUGGAGAUAUUUUAAUAAAUAGAAAAAUGACUCCCAUUCACCGCAGUUAUUUGUGUAUUUUAGCACGUUAGGUAGAGCGCAGAUUUGUUUAUGUUAAUAGUCUAGUUGGUAAGCAGUGAUUAUCUUUUCUAAAUGCGUUAACAGAUUUUUGUUUUGCCAUUCACAAAAUAGGCAAUUUUGGAAGUGGUCAUGUUUUUGUCUUUUGUUUAAAAAAAAUGUACAUACACACUUUAUACCAUUGAAAAACAGACUGAUGAGGCUUUCUUGUGAUAUUGUUCUUAUGAAUAAUAGCUAUAGAUAGAAAGGUUGUUCUAGUAUGAACAUUGUUUUCUUCCCUUUGUACACACCAAGCUUGCAAGUCAUAGCAACAGUGCAGUAAACAUGUGGAAAAGGGCAGAAAAUGAAUGAGCAAGACUUGUUUAUGUAGACCUAAUUUGCACAGGAUACAGCCAAGUAAAAGACACAAACCUACUAAAUUAUUCGGAGGAAAAAGGCAGCAUUUAGAUCAAAAUGCUGCACAGGAAAUGGUUUGAGAGUGCGACAUAUCAAAUACAUACUUUAAUGCCAUUUUUGGUUUAAAUGUAAAGUUCCAGAAAUUACAUUUUCAAAAUCUUUGUUUUAAAAUACUCUGCUACAUUGCCACUCUUUAAAUGUUUUAAAUGAAAAUGAACUUAAAGGAGCACUAUAGGGUCAGGAACACAAACAUGUAUUCCUGACCCUAUAUAUAGUGUUAAAACCACCAUCUAGCCCCCUCUUGCCUCCCUAAAUAUAGUAAAAUCCUACUUGUACUCAAGUCUGCAGCUCCCGGCUCUGCCCCUGCCUGCUGACAUCAGAAGUGGUGGUGUGAGCCAAUCACAAUGCUUUCCCAUAGGAUUGGCUGAGACUGUCAAGGAGGCAGAUCGGGGUAGAGCAAGCACAAGUCAAACAGUCCUGACCAAUCAGCAGCUCCUCAUAGAGAUACAUUGAAUCAAGAAAGUUCAGUGUCUGCAUGCAGAAGGUGGACACACUGAAUCUCAGUCACAGUGUGCAGCACUGCCCCAGGAUGCACAUCUAGCAGCCAUCUAAGGAGUGGCCAGUGGAGGUAUUACUAGGCUGUAAUGUAAACACUGCAUUUUCUCUGAAAAGACAGUGUUUACAGCAAAAAGCCUGAAGGGAAUGAUUCUACUCACCAGAACAUGUACAGUAAGCUGUAUACUGUACAAUUAGCUGUAGUUAUGGUGACUAUAGUGUCCCUUUAAUGCUAAAAUGCACUCACACCACGGAACGUGUGGGAAGUCCAUGAUUGGGACUGAAAGCACUUUAAUGUUCCGUUUACCAACUACUGACAUGAAGUAAAGCAAUAAAUACAAAUCAAGGUGUAAAUUCCAUGUGCACAGCGCGUGUACUUUAAAAGAAACAGAAUUCUGAGAGACUUGGAUCACAGUGAUAAUAAGACUAAAACCGAUCUCCUACCUGUAUCACAGUGAUAAUAAGACUGAAGCCGAUCUCCUACCUGUAUCACAGUGAUAAUAAGACUAAAACCGAUCUACCUGUAUCAGUGAUAAUAAGACUAAAACUGAUAUCCUACCUGUAUCACAGUGAUAAUAAGACUAAAACCGAUCUACCUGUAGCACAGUGAUAAGACUAAAACCGAUCUCCUACCUGUAGCACAGUGAUAAGACUAAAACCGAUCUCCUACCUGUAUCACAGUGAUAAUAAGACUAAAACCGAUCUCCUACCUGUAUCACAGUGAUAAUAAGACUAAAACCGAUCUACCUGUAGCACAGUGAUAAGACUAAAACCGAUCUCCUACCUGUAGCACAGUGAUAAGACUAAAACCGAUCUCCUACCUGUAUCACAGUGAUAAUAAGACUGAAGCCGAUCUCCUACCUGUAUCACAGUGAUAAUAAGACUAAAACCGAUCUACCUGUAUCAGUGAUAAUAAGACUAAAACCGAUCUCCUACCUGUAGCACAGUGAUAAUAAGACUAAAACCGAUCUCCUACCAGUAGCACAGUGAUAAUAAGACUAAAACCGAUGAUCUACCUGUAGCACAGUGAUAAUAAGACUAAAACCGAUCUACCUGUAGCACAGUGAUAAUAAGACUAAAACCGAUCUCCUACCUGUAUCACAGUGAUAAUAAGACUAAAACCGAUCUACCUGUAGCACAGUGAUAAUAAGACUAAAACCGAUCUACCUGUAUCACAGUGAUAAUAAGACUAAAACCGAUCUCCUACCUGUAGCACAGUGAUAAUAAGACUAAAACCGAUCUCCUACCUGUAGCACAGUGAUAAUAAGACUAAAACCGAUCUCCUACCUGUAGCACAGUGAUAAUAAGACUAAAACCGAUCUCCUACCUGUAGCACAGUGAUAAUAAGACUAAAACCGAUCUCCUACCUGUAGCACAGUGAUAAUAAGACUAAAACCGAUCUCCUACCUGUAUCACAGUGAUAAUAAGACUAAAACCGAUCUACCUGUAGCACAGUGAUAAGACUAAAACCGAUCUCCUACCUGUAGCACAGUGAUAAUAAGACUAAAACCGAUCUCCUACCUGUAUCACAGUGAUAAUAAGACUGAAGCCGAUCUCCUACCUGUAUCACAGUGAUAAUAAGACUAAAACCGAUCUACCUGUAUCACAGUGAUAAGACUAAAACCGAUCUCCUACCUGUAGCACAGUGAUAAUAAGACUAAAACCGAUCUCCUACCAGCACAGUGAUAAUAAGACUACCGAUCUACCUGUAUCACAGUGAUAAUAAGACUAAAACCGAUCUACCUGUAUCAGUGAUAAUAAGACUAAAACCGAUCUCCUACCUGUAGCACAGUGAUAAUAAGACUAAAACCGAUCUCCUACCAGUAGCACAGUGAUAAUAAGACUAAAACCGAUGAUCUACCUGUAGCACAGUGAUAAUAAGACUAAAACCGAUCUACCUGUAUCACAGUGAUAAUAAGACUAAAACCGAUCUCCUACCUGUAUCACAGUGAUAAUAAGACUAAAACCGAUCUCCUACCUGUAGCACAGUGAUAAUAAGACUAAAACCGAUCUCCUACCAGUAGCACAGUGAUAAUAAGACUAAAACCGAUCUCCUACCUGUAUCACAGUGAUAAUAAGACUGAAGCCGAUCUCCUACCUGUAUCACAGUGAUAAUAAGACUAAAACCGAUCUACCUGUAUCAGUGAUAAUAAGACUAAAACUGAUAUCCUACCUGUAUCACAGUGAUAAUAAGACUAAAACCGAUCUACCUGUAGCACAGUGAUAAGACUAAAACCGAUCUCCUACCUGUAGCACAGUGAUAAUAAGACUAAAACCGAUCUCCUACCUGUAUCACAGUGAUAAUAAGACUAAAACCGAUCUCCUACCUGUAUCACAGUGAUAAUAAGACUAAAACCGAUCUACCUGUAGCACAGUGAUAAGACUAAAACCGAUCUCCUACCUGUAGCACAGUGAUAAUAAGACUAAAACCGAUCUCCUACCUGUAUCACAGUGAUAAUAAGACUAAAACCGAUCUACCUGUAUCACAGUGAUAAUAAGACUAAAACCGAUCUACCUGUAUCAGUGAUAAUAAGACUAAAACCGAUCUACCUGUAGCACAGUGAUAAUAAGACUAAAACCGAUCUCCUACCAGUAGCACAGUGAUAAUAAGACUAAAACCGAUGAUCUACCUGUAGCACAGUGAUAAUAAGACUAAAACCGAUCUACCUGUAGCACAGUGAUAAUAAGACUAAAACCGAUCUCCUACCUGUAUCACAGUGAUAAUAAGACUAAAACCGAUCUACCUGUAUCACAGUGAUAAUAAGACUAAAACCGAUCUCCUACCUGUAUCACAGUGAUAAUAAGACUAAAACCGAUCUCCUACCUGUAGCACAGUGAUAAUAAGACUAAAACCGAUCUCCUACCAGUAGCACAGUGAUAAUAAGACUAAAACCGAUCUCCUACCUGUAGCACAGUGAUAAUAAGACUAAAACCGAUCUCCUACCUGUAUCACAGUGAUAAUAAGACUAAAACCGAUCUACCUGUAGCACAGUGAUAAGACUAAAACCGAUCUCCUACCUGUAGCACAGUGAUAAUAAGACUAAAACCGAUCUCCUACCUGUAUCACAGUGAUAAUAAGACUGAAGCCGAUCUCCUACCUGUAUCACAGUGAUAAUAAGACUAAAACCGAUCUACCUGUAUCACAGUGUAAGACUAAGACUAAAACCGAUCUCCUACCAGUAGCACAGUGAUAAUAAGACUAAAACCGAUCUACCUGUAUCACAGUGAUAAUAAGACUAAAACCGAUCUACCUGUAGCACAGUGAUAAUAAGACUAAAACCGAUCUCCUACCAGUAGCACAGUGAUAAUAAGACUAAAACCGAGUAGAUAUAAUAAGACUAAAACCGAUCUCCUACCAGUAGCACAGUGAUAAUAAGACUAAAACCGAUGAUCUACCUGUAGCACAGUGAUAAUAAGACUAAAACCGAUCUACCUGUAGCACAGUGAUAAUAAGACUAAAACCGAUCUCCUACCUGUAUCACAGUGAUAAUAAGACUAAAACCGAUCUACCUGUAUCACAGUGAUAAUAAGACUAAAACCGAUCUCCUACCUGUAUCACAGUGAUAAUAAGACUAAAACCGAUCUCCUACCUGUAGCACAGUGAUAAUAAGACUAAAACCGAUCUCCUACCAGUAGCACAGUGAUAAUAAGACUAAAACCGAUCUCCUACCUGUAGCACAGUGAUAAUAAGACUAAAACCGAUCUCCUACCUGUAUCACAGUGAUAAUAAGACUAAAACCGAUCUACCUGUAGCACAGUGAUAAGACUAAAACCGAUCUCCUACCUGUAGCACAGUGAUAAUAAGACUAAAACCGAUCUCCUACCUGUAUCACAGUGAUAAUAAGACUGAAGCCGAUCUCCUACCUGUAUCACAGUGAUAAUAAGACUAAAACCGAUCUACCUGUAUCACAGUGAUAAGACUAAAACCGAUCUCCUACCUGUAGCACAGUGAUAAUAAGACUAAAACCGAUCUCCUACCAGUAGCACAGUGAUAAUAAGACUAAAACCGAUCUACCUGUAUCACAGUGAUAAUAAGACUAAAACCGAUCUACCUGUAGCACAGUGAUAAUAAGACUAAAACCGAUCUCCUACCUGUAUCACAGUGAUAAUAAGACUGAAGCCGAUCUCCUACCUGUAUCACAGUGAUAAUAAGACUAAAACCGAUCUACCUGUAUCAGUGAUAAUAAGACUAAAACCGAUCUCCUACCUGUAGCACAGUGAUAAUAAGACUAAAACCGAUCUCCUACCUGUAGCACAGUGAUAAUAAGACUAAAACCGAUCUCCUACCUGUAGCACAGUGAUAAUAAGACUAAAACCGAUCUACCUGUAGCACAGUGAUAAUAAGACUAAAACCGAUCUACCUGUAUCACAGUGAUAAUAAGACUAAAACCGAUCUACCUGUAUCACAGUGAUAAUAAGACUAAAACCGAUCUACCUGUAGCACAGUGAUAAUAAGACUAAAACCGAUCUCCUACCAGUAGCACAGUGAUAAUAAGACUAAAACCGAUCUCCUACCUGUAGCACAGUGAUAAUAAGACUAAAACCGAUCUCCUACCUGUAGCACAGUGAUAAUAAGACUAAAACCGAUCUCCUACCUGUAGCACAGUGAUAAUAAGACUAAAACCGAUCUCCUACCUGUAGCACAGUGAUAAUAAGACUAAAACCGAUCUCCUACCUGUAGCACAGUGAUAAUAAGACUAAAACCGAUCUCCUACCUGUAGCACAGUGAUAAUAAGACUAAAACCGAUCUCCUACCUGUAGCACAGUGAUAAUAAGACUAAAACCGAUCUCCUACCUGUAGCACAGUGAUAAUAAGACUAAAACCGAUCUCCUACCUGUAGCACAGUGAUAAUAAGACUAAAACCGAUCUCCUACCUGUAUUUGAUUCCAAACGUUUCCAUAAUAUAAGCAAUAACUAAGGCGGCACUUCGAGAAAUUCCUGCGUUCCCAUGAAUGAGAACCUUUCCUGCAAAACAUCAGAAAAUCAACACCAGGACUUCAGUCAAAAUAAUGAAACAAAUAAAUACUUAAAAUGCUGCCAGAGUGAAUAAAUAUUCAUUAGAAAAUACUCAAUGUAAUCUCUUUGGAUAAGCUUUUCAGGUUUAAUAUUUUUGGAUACAGGUUUAUAUGAUAAAAUCAAAAAUAUUAUAUCAAUAACAAAAUAUUACAACAUUAAAGCUAUAUUUUAGAAAUGUACCCCCAAAAUAUUGAACCGUUUGAAUAGUUAAUAUAGCCAACAAUAUUAGAUUGAGGCCACCGUGUCAAAUACAUGGAACCCAGUGGAACUUUGGGAAAUCAAGCUCGGCCACAAGUUAUGUGUGUGUAAUAGCACAUUAAAAUAAAACCUUUCCCUUUAAAAGGGAACACGCAGAUCCAGUUAGAAAUGAAGUCCAUGUGGAUCCAGGCACACGCAUAUCAGGUCACUGUAUGUAAAGACAAGUACUGGCAAUCCUAAAUCACAGCCUUCCAGGAUGAAACAGAGGUGUUCUAAAUAAAGUUAGAGCGCCCCUCAUUUACUCAAACAACUGAUUAAAGUAGUCGCAAAAUUAGGGACCAGCCACGUGGGUAGAAAAUGAGGGCUUUCGGACAGAUCCUUAGCCUUCAGAAAUAGGGACCAUAAAAUAAAGUGCAGACUGCAAUAACGUGACAAACAUGCACAGCAGUCAAAAAAAUGGAAUUACAAUAAAAUGUGUUAAUGAAUAAAGAAUAAUCAGAUCACGUGCAAAAAGUUCAAAUUCAAGGGACUUUACAGUGUCAUCUCUGGAUUGAAAAAUGGUAGAAUUACAAAUCCCACAUUGUGGACAACUGUGUAACUAAAAAGCAAGAUGGCCACAAAAGUAAAUAAACUUGAAUUACCUCCAUUUUGUAAACAUCCAUCUAUAAAUUCUUUUGUCUGUAUAAAAAGAAAGAAGAAAAAAACGAUUAGAAUUGCUGACAAUCUCACAAAUGACAUUUUAUUCAUAUUAACUUGCACAUACACUCACAAUAAUAUGGUUAUAUACAGGAUACCAUGGAGAAAACAAAGAACAUGCACAAUUCAAUGUAAAUGGACACCAGAACGGCAUGCAGGGCAAUGUAGUUGUUCUGGUGUCUAAAGACUGUCCCUGCAGGUAUUUUAACGUAAACACCGCCUUUUCAGUGCACAGAACAGACGUUUAGUAUCUCCAUGCUCCGACAGAUGCAUUGAUUCAUUGCAACUCAACGAGGAGAUACCUGUUGGGACAGAGCAGCAUUUUGCCGCGCAUGCGCAACGGCCACCCAAAGGGAAAGCAUUCAUUGGCUGAGAUUGCGAAGUUUAGUCUCAGCCAUGGAGGCAGGACCUGCACGGCAUCCGAAAAACAGGAAUAAAAUUGUCUUUAUAACCAGGGUUAAGGGGGGCCUAAACUGUUUUAAAUUUAUUGUCAGGAAUACACGUUUGUUUUCCUUUAAAGAAGGGACUCCUGUUACAGUCAGUUUGUUUUAUAUACACAGAUAUAGUGUUGCAGAGGAAAGCAUUCUUCCUUAUCUGCUGUUGUGUGUGCAUACACACACACACACACACACACACACACACACACACACACACACACACACACACAUCACUGUAGAAUGACUGACUUGAAAUUUUAUCACAUGACAGGAGGCUUCCUAUUUUGCAUGACUUUCUUUACUCAUGCCUCCAGCAGCACAAGUCAAUCAUAACAAACCACAUAUCCAUAUAUAAAGCCCUGACUGCACAUGACUUCCUCUUUCUUUGCUGCUUCCAGCCAAGGCAAAGGUCAGAGUAUUCUGUUCUCACUGUUCUUCUCUUAGCAGUGCAACCUUAUCCUGCCUUGUUUCAUUAACUUGUCCCUACUAUUCACCCCUGCUCUCCCUCAGCUUAUCCUCCUCUCACCCUGGACUUUGUGAUAUUUUCUCUCUUUUUCCUUGGUUCCCCUUCAGGAUUGAACUGUCUCUCCCAGCCUGCCUCUUGCCUGCUUGUCCCUCGUGAUUCGUGGAAUUUUACCGCGAUCGAGCGGGACCACCAGGUUAAUUUAAGGGUACCAGGGUGCUGGGGCAUGCCGACCGGUACCGUCAGGCCGCGAUCACGGACAGCACGGCAAAUUUUGCGCACGAACGGCGGCCAUCUUGGAUCUCGCGAUAUCCUCGUCGGCCAUCUUAGUUUUGCCAGUUCGUGAUUCCCACGAACUGGCAAAUGUUUUUUGCGUAUUUAAUGUCCUUCCAUUGCAGGUUAACCCCUUAAGCCCUGUGCUAGGGAGCCCUUGCUGGAGAAGUACCAUAGGGACUGUAACAAGACACUCAGGAUUGAAAGAAUUACUACCAGUCAUUACUACACUGAUUGGUAGAACUCCCAUCCUGCACAGGCUGCAUUACCCAAUUGGUUAGCUCUCACAGAGUGCAUCGGCGAUUGACCCACACGGGUGGAAACCUUGAAGAUCUAUUCUCACCUCAGAGGGGAAAAGAAAAAAAAAUAUAUAUAAAAAGUACUAGUGACGAUUUUUACAUAGGGGUGAUCCCCGCACCCAAUCAGGGCUUAUAACGAAGUACGCUUUAUUGUAGGCCGCUCAGGCAACAAAGGCACACGUAAAUUGAAUACGGACGUAAAGGAGGACGGGGUGUUCCUGGACGGGACAGGCAACCGCAUGUUCGAUCCGCGUCAGAUACGACACCCCAGAUCGUCAGAAUGGAACCUGCCGGAAUUUUUGGCUGAGGAAACCGAUGGACAAGGAGGUUCGGGCCAAGCUUAAAGCAGAGUGCCCACGUCCCGUGCUACCUGACAAGAUUGUUGGACAUGAUAGGCCCACUGGCGAAGAUCCUAUACUUUGCAGAUUUGGCACUUACUCAGGGGACGACCCUCAAGGCACACGACAUUAGAGAAUGGGCACAGCGGGCGAUCUGCCUUCUAGGUAACUAACGCUGCCAUGCGCGCAGAACGACGUAAAGCGGCCCUAUUGAAGAUAGAUUCCAAACGGUUGGACCUGGGAAAGUAAAGAGCUAGGUCCUCUGGCGGACGGGCUGCUCUUUGGAGAACCAUUCCUGGCGGAACUGAAAAAACACGUCAGCCUAUUCACUACACUGAACAAGGCCCAAUCAUCCAUUAGACAAGUCUUUCGGAACCCACAAACAACUCGAGGUGUUUUUGGCAGGGCUGGUCGGCAGAGGGGUCGGGCCACCAGCCGCUUCUGGCCAUCUGGCCCCAGUCGUCCAUAUGCUACACAGCAGUUCUUCCCAUCUGUAAGAGCCACCUUCACAAGGGGAUCCUUACGUACAAGGGGCACUCGUAGCAGAGGACGGGGACGAUUCAACUCAGGUGAGCAUGAACUGUCUUCCGUUAUGUCAUUCAAAUAUAACUGCUGGCAGACUGUCCCUUUUUCCACAGGAGUGGGAACGCAUCUCCACAGACGCAUGGAUCCUACAGACCGUGCAAGGGUACUUGAUAGAGUUUACCCAUACGCCAGUUCAGACCAGGCGACCGCCGCCUAUCCGGGUGUCAAAGAGCCAGAUACGCCUCAUAGACACGGAGAUAUGAACUCUGUUCGCAAAGGGAGCGGUGGAAUUCGCCACAGACUACCAGUGUUACUUCAGCAACAUGUUCGUCGUCAGGAAAAAGACGGGAGACUACCGGCCAGUCAUCAAUUUACGAGAACUCAAUGGAUUUGUGGCUUAUCGCCAUUUCAAAAUGUAAGGUAUUCACCUUCUGAGAGACUUACUGAACGAACCCGACUGGUUCACACGUCUAGACUUAAAAGACGCAUACAUGUUGGUCCCCACGGCACAAGAAAGCCGAUCCUUCCUUCGUUUCACCUGGAGGGGCCGCUCCUGCCAAUUCACAUGUCUACCAUUCGGCCUCAGCUCGGCUCCAUGGUGUUUUAUGAAACUCUUCAAACCAGUCAUGGACCAUUUGAGAGAAAGGGGAAUAAGCCGUCUCGUGUAUCUGGACGAUUUGUUGAUCUUCUGCGACUCCAAAUCCAGAAUUCGAUCUCAGACGAGAUUUACCAUUCGCUUUCUGGAAUCAUUGGGGUUUGUAGUGAACAGAGAAAAAUCAUCGUUGACUCCAUCCUGAAUAGUUCAGUUCCUCGGGUUCGAGAUAGACUCCAACUCUUGCGUACUACGCCUCCCCGCAUCGAAGAUAGCGGCCAUUUGGAAGGAAAUUCGACGGAUACUCAGACACCAUACCUCUCCGAUUACUAGCGAGGAUAGUAGGCCUACUUUCCUCAUCAAUACAGGUGAUUUUCCCAGGCCCGCUCCACUACCGGGCCAUGCAGAAAUUGAAAGCCCAAUACCUACGAGCCGGACACACAUACGACCACUGGAUUCCUGUCUCCGCAGAAGCUUGGACGGAACUUCGAUGGUGGCUACUUCACAUGGAAGCCUAGAACGGUAAGGCCAUUUUCGGGACGAACCCGGACUUUGUAUUGGAAUUGGACGCGAGCCUUUGGGGCUGGGGAGCUCACUGCACCUACGCAUCCAUGGGAAGUCCAUGGUCUCAAGAGGAACAGGGUCUCCACAUCAACUGUCUGGAACUGAUUGCAGCAUCAUUUGCGAUUCGCAGUCUAGCCAAGGACAUGGCGAACUGCUACAUCCUUCUGCGCAUGGACAACAUUCCCACGGUCCAAUACAUAAAUCGCCUGUGAGGAGCCCGAUCAAGAGUCUUGACAGAGGUGACGAAGGACAUCUACCAAUUCUGUAUUCCCCGCAACAUUACGAUCAAGGCGGAAUCAGUGGUGAAGGACCUCAGGGGCCCAUUGGUCGUGGACCUGUUUGCGUCUUGGACGAACACACAGUUACCAAGAUAUUACAGCUGGCUUCCAGACCCUCAAUGAGAGGUGGUAGAUGCCUUUCUACAACAGUGGCCCCCCGAGGGGAGCGUACGCAUUCCCAUUCUCGAUGAUAGCAAGAGUAAUCCAUCGCAUCACAACGACCAAGAUCUCUAUGAUUCUCAUCACACCGUUGUGGAAAAGUCAGGCGUGGCUUCCGGAGUUAUUGGCUCUAACACAAGACAAUCCCCUAUUUCUUCCAUCAUUCCCCUUCCUACUGACAGACCCGAAAGGGGAACCACAUCCACUAGUGGUACAGGAGAAUCUGGAGCUGGUGGUCUGGAGUCUUUCAGGGGAGCCUGGUCCUUCGAGGGACUAUCGCAACCAGCUAAAAACCUUUUAUGGGAUUCAUGGGCACCGUGUACCCGACAGUUACCCAUCAGCAUGGAAUUCAUGGAACCGCUGGUGUGUGGGAAGGAAUUGUGAUCCCUUUACAGCACCUAUCACCAUGGUGGUAAAUUUUUUGUCCCACCUUUUCACAGAAGGAAGAUCCUAUCUUUCCAUCAAUGUGGCACACGUGCCAGUACAAGGCUCUCUGGUCGGUCAGGACCCUUUGGUAUGUCGCCUGCUGCGAGGCAUCAAAUUGUCCAGACCACCGGAAUCUAAGUAUAAUCAUUUGUGGGAUGUAGAGGUGGUCCUCCGUUUCCUUCGGAAUUGGCCAGACAACUCAGAUUUGUCUCUACGCCAGUUGUCGUCCAAACUCACUUUGCUUCUAUGUUUGGUAUCCUUUCGAUGAGUUUCGGACGUGCGAGCGUUCGACAUGGACGGGUUCUCAAUCUCACCAAAAAGGGUUACCUUCACGGUGUCUCAUAGAACUAAAAUGAAUUCAACAUCUAUAUCUUACCCUUUCUUCCCUACGGUCCCCCGUUUAUGUGUAGUUUCCGCACUUACUCGAUAUGUAGAGGUUACUGCAAACCUUCGAGAUUUUAGUAGCGGGCAACUGCUGGUGUCGUCCGCCAAACCCUACAAACCGGUUACCACUACUACUCUGGCUCAAUGGGUUCGUUGGAUCCUAUCCUUGGCAGAAGUGGAGACAUGUUUCAGGGCUCAUUCGGUUUGGGGCGUGGCCGCUUCGCGAGCGUACUCGGCAGGAGCUUCCCUAGCGGAUAUCCUACUUUCCGCAAACUGGACACGGGAAGACACUUUCCGGUUAUUUUAUUUUCGUCAGACCACGCACGCAUCUUUCUCGUUAUUACCUCAGCUUUAAAAAUGCAAAAUAGGAAGCCUCCUGUCAUGUGAUAAAAUUGUAGAUUAUGCUAACGUAGUGUACCUAUAAUCUUAAUAAGGACAGGAGGCGAGUAUUUUCCCUCCCGUUUCUAUGGGUUAUCUUAGGUCACCGUUUCUCUUGAUCAAUUAUAAUUGGUAUAGUUUAUCUAGAUUAUAUGGGAAUAGGAUGGUUAAGGAAAUAGACGAGUUCUUAUGGAUAUUAUGGUUUAAUGCUAGUAUAUAACGAUAGGUUAUUUGUAUAGAAUAUGGAUAGAUAUAGUAUCACUGAUAUCAUGUAGACAUAAGUCUAUUUCCAUCCUCUUACACUCGUUUCUGUUUCUUUCAGUGUGAUUGCCGUUAUUGGCUCCGGAUGGGACACACCGGAUAUUGGAUCUUACGGAUCAAGUUUCACUUCCGAUAUUCGUUAUCCGUUUGAAGUUGGACUAAAUUGAAGUUGGGACUCCCAUGGAGCAAGUUUGAACUGUUAUAUCAUUACGAACGUUUUAUUCCCUGACAUUAUAUAGACUAAUCUCACACCAAAGAAAGAGGAAGUCAUGUGACGAUCAGGGAUUUAUAUAUGGAUAUAUGGUUUGUUAUGAUUGGUUAAAAAUUUAAUGACUGACUUGUGCUGCUGGAGGCAUGAGUAAAGAAAGUCAUGCAAAAUACUUGCCUCCCGUCAUUAUUAAAAUUAAGAUUAUAGGUACACUAGGUUAGCAUAAUCUACAAUUGUUUGGAAAUGGCCUUAUACCCAUCCCAGUUUGAUGGGCAGCAACAAUUGCUUCUCUAAGAUCAUUGCUGAGGUCUUUCCUCGGCGGAAUUGCUCCAGAGCAGCAAACUGCUACAACUUCAGCUUCUACAGAGGUGGUCACACUGACUGAUGAUCAAUUAAGGGCAUUUGUCUGCUGCUUAGCCUUUUUAAUUAUUAUGGAAGCAGUAAGGGUGUACUUUCACAUGGUUUCUCCAUUUUGGCUUUAUUUUUGUUAAAUAAAUCAUGACACGUGUAAUGUGUCGUGUUGCUGUGCAUCUGAGGUUGUGUUAACCCAGUUUUAAGAGCUAAGGAACAGAUGAUUGUUAUUAAGUCCUGAUGUACAAAACCAUAGAAUUCAAAGAGGGUGUACUUUAUUU